AACAGGAGUCUGCAGUCACGUUGGAAGAUACAAUGCUAGGCUUUAAAGAAGUCUGAGGACCAUGUCUCAUGAAAGAAGAAAGACUGGGAUCACAUCAGACGUGAUGUUGCUGAGCAGUGCUGCUGUUUGGCUGCUGCUCUGUGUUCAGUGCCUGCAUGGCUCUGCCCUCCCUGCCAUGUCCUCCUAUGAGUUCACCGCCUACAGGAUGCAGCAGUACAACCUGGCGCAACAAAAAUAUGGUUGCCGCGGAGCCAUAGUUGUGGCGGAGGCGCGCUCUGCCGACGAACCGUCGCUGACCCGCCGUUGUGUCAUCAUGAAGGUUCAGGACUUCACUGUGGAGAAAUACUUUGAAGCCCUGAGACAGAAUGCUGCUGCUGUGCUGAUCCUACUGCCUCAAAAUAUCUCCGGCCUUCCGCACGAGACAAUAAAGUCCUUCAUGGUGAGUGAGAACGAGGCCUUGCAGAAAGAAACUCUUACUCCAGUCUACGUUGUUCCUGAGGAUGAACAGCUGCUUUACAUGUAUGAGGAGGUGAGGCAGGCUGCAGCUUCACGGACCUCAUCCAUGUUUGUCAGAGUUCUUCGAAGUAUGGUCACUGCUACAGCCUUCCAGAUCUUAGUGAGCAACAACAACGCCAUUAAGGCCAUCACUGACAACACCAUAACCACACUGGAGGGUGUGCUCCCUGGAACCGGAGAGGAUGCUCCCACCAUCAUCAUCACCGCCCACUAUGACUCAUACGGACUCGCUCCGUGGCUGUCAUAUGGAGCAGACUCUAAUGGCAGCGGAGUCACCAUUCUGCUGGAGCUGGCACGUCUUUUCCAGAAACUUUACGGCACCUCCGGUACCAGACCACAAUAUAAUUUAAUGUUUUCCUUGACCGGAGGAGGAAAAUACAACUUCCUCGGCACGAAGAGAUGGAUUGAGGAGAAUCUUGAUCACGCCGAGUCCAGCCUGCUUCACGACAACGUGGCAUUUGUCCUGUGCUUGGACUCGCUGGCCAAAGGUGAUGAACUAUACAUGCACGUGUCUCGCCCUCCGAAGCCCGACGCUCCUCUGUACUCCUUCAUUGAGCAGCUGGAGGAGGUGGUUUCCUCCAGGUUCCCCUGGGUGAAGGUGGGAUUGGUGCACAAGAAGAUCAAUCUGGUUGAGUCAACGGUGGCCUGGGAGCACGAGCGCUACAGCCUGCGGAGGAUCCAGGGCUUCACUCUGUCUCACGUGGAAGAUCCCAAGUCUGAACUUCGUGGGUCUAUGCUAGAUACAAUGUCCCAAGUCGAUUUUAGGAAACUUAAGCGAAACGGCAUUAUCAUAGCUGAAGCUCUGGCCCGGUACAUGUACAAUCUCUCAGACAAGGGUUCACCAAAGGAUAUUCAAGUUUUUAAGGGUCAGCUGGACUUUCAGGACAGCCGCAUGUCCAGUAUGAUGUCCUUUUUGACCUCUGUGCCCCGGUCUGCCCAGCUGCUGCACAAGGAGCCUGGUCAGAUCCUACUGGUCAACUCACUAGAGUACGAGUUCAAGCACUACCUGCAGCAGGUCCAUAGACACACCUUUCGACAGGACAAGAGGGACCCUGAGAUCACCUUUUUUGAUCAAAUGAACCAACCAAUUGUCAUGUACAGGGUGAAGCCAGCAGCUUUUGAUCUGUUCCUAGGAGGAUGCAUCACUGCAUAUUUGGGGAUUGUUUACUAUUCAAUCCAGAAUUUCGGGCAUCUGUACGCUAGACUCAAAGCUGCAGUGAAAACCAAGCAUCAGUGACAGCUUCCAGGAUCCAGGCUUUACGGCUUCCUAAGCUCAUGACAGACGUCUGCUUCACAGAACAUUAAAGCAAUCCAGCGCUAAGUUUCCCACAGUAAGACAGGAAGUGUGCAUUUGCUUUGUGCUCUGUCAGAUGUUCAAAGAUGUGUACGUUCCUUAGAAAGGAGAGUCGUAAAAAAGACGCAAAUCAAGAAAUAAAAGUGUUCUGU